AUGGCACAUGAGAUGAUGCAUGCGUACGAUCAUUUACGGUUCAAGUUGGAUUGGACGGAUAAUCUGAGACACGCUGCUUGCACUGAGAUCCGUGCGAGUUCGUUAAGCGGAGAAUGUAGAUGGGCGCGAGAGUUCUUCCGACGAGGCCAGUGGAAGUUAACGCAGCAACAUCAAGAAUGCGUGCGGCGGCGCGCGGCCUUGUCAGUCAUGGCACGACCGGCCUGCAAAGAUGCAGAGCACGCAAAACAGGUCGUGGAUGAAGUUUGGGACAGCUGUUUUCGAGAUACCCGCCCCUUCGAUGAAAUUUAUCGAUAA